UUACUCACUUGAUAAUAUGUUGCAGGGAUUGAACUUAUUUUAUCUUGUCUUGAACGAAACUAUGAAGUCGUCUGCAUUGGUAGUGAAAGUAGCGCAGCUGGUACAUUUGGACCACGUUGUGAUAUGUCAUGUCCGUACCCACAAUACGGACACAACUGCUCGUCAAAAUGUUCCUGCAGGGAUGAUCAUUGUGAUCCCGCUGACGGUUGUCCCGAUUUGACUAAUAAGUCAACAACGUUUCCACAGAGCACACACAUUUUCAUUCCAUCUGUGAAGAUGAAAGAUGAUCUUGAUUCAAUUACAAAAGAUGUAUCGACUCAGUUCGUCCACCUUAAUGACACUAACACUUGUCAAGGAAUCAAAACACAGAAGCACUGGGGCGCUCCUCUUUUCCAAAACAUGCUAACGGCAAUUGUCAGUCUCUUUUCUCUGGCUGUCUUCAUGUUUAUAUUAUGCACAGGAUUAGUUCGUUACAAAUUAAAGAACACACUUAAAGGCCCAUUAUCAAAAAACAUCAUUUGUUAUAAUUCAGUAUGAUUGUAGUCAUUGUUGAUGAAUCAAUAUUGUUAAGAUCGAAAUUGUCUAUAUUUAAUUUGAAUGUCCAAUUUUUGUGCCUCAAAUGAACAUUAAUUAGUAUAAGGAUAUCUUUUUUGUUCAAGAA